AAAAACAUCAAUUGGCCAGAUAUCAUCAUCCUGCUAAGCAUCCUCCUCACCUUCUUUUCUCUCUCUACUUGACUCAUUGCUGUGAAUGACUUACUGAAGAGAAUUGGGUUGGAGAAUUGGGUUCUUACAGCGAUCGGCGUGGCGCUUCGUCUUUCCGUCCUCCGUCCUCCGGGCCUGCUGCUGCCAUCAAUCUUUUAUACCCACAACUGUGUGAGCUACCUACAGUCAACAUAGUCUGGCUGGUUGCUCAACUCCGAAUUGCUUCAAAAACUCUUGUCGCAAACCCACACACUCAUUCGCACACCCUCUUAACCACAACAACUUCAAAGCACAAGACAAUCAGUCCUCGAAAUGGGCUCCACGGCUUUUCCCCCGCCGCCGGUCAACACCAUUGACUGGUCCAACGUCGGCUUCCGCGUCCGCGAAGUCAACGGCCACAUCGAAUCGACCUACUCCCUCAAGACGGGCACAUGGACGCCGCUCAAGUUCGUCGCGGACCCGUACAUGCGCAUCCACGGCAUGGCCCCGGCGCUCAACUACGGCCAGCAGGCCUACGAAGGGCUCAAGGCCUUCCGCAUGCCCGGCGACGCCUCCAUCGCCAUCUUCCGCCCCGACCGCAACGCCGUCCGCAUGCAGCACUCGGCCGAGGUCGCCUGCAUGCCGCCCGUCCCCGUCGACCUCUUCCUGCAGGCCGUGAAAGCCGCCGUCGCCCUCAACGCCGGCUACGUGCCCCCCCACGAGACGGGCGCCGCCAUGUACAUCCGGCCGCAGAUCUACGGGUCGAGCGCGCAGCUGGGGCUGUCGGCGCCCGAGGAGUACACCUUUUGCGUCUUUGUGAUCCCGACGGGCGUCUAUCACGGGUCGCACCCGGUCAAGGCGCUCGUGCUGGACGAGUUUGACCGCGCCGCGCCCAACGGCACGGGGCAUGCCAAGGUCGGCGGCAACUAUGCGCCCGUGCUGCGCUGGAGCGACAAGGCGCGCGCCGAGGGCUAUGGCAUCACGCUGCACCUGGACAGCGCGCGGCACGAGGACAUUGACGAGUUCAGCACGAGCGGCUUCAUCGGCGUCAAGGCGGGCGCCGACGACAACGAGAACGACGUCACCCUGGUCGUGCCAGACUCAAAGUGCGUCAUUGACAGCGUGACGAGCAACAGCGUGCUCGAGCUCGCCCGGAGCUACGGCUGGAAGGUCGAGAAGCGCCCCAUCAAGUACGCCGAGCUGCCCUCCUUCAGCGAGGUCUUUGCCGCGGGCACGGCCGCCGCGCUGGUUCCCAUCCGGAGCAUCACGCGCCGCGGCACCAAGGGGCUUGCUGAUGGACCCAAGGUGACGAGGACGGACAAGGACGGCGGCGCGGAGACGGUCACGUAUAUCCCCGACGGCGUGGAGGAUGCCGGGCCGGUGUGCUUGAAGGUGCUGACGGCGCUGAAGAGCAUCCAGCUGGGCAAGGUGGAGGACAAGUUUGGCUGGCGCUUUGCGGUGAGCGAGGAGGAUGGCAAGGCGGUGCUGGGGGAUGGCCUUGGGUUUGAUGCUCAGACGGUGGACGAGAUGGAUUAA